CUUUCCGCUCUCCACACCUCCCCAAGAUGGCGGCUCUCAGCGGCUGGUGCGAAAGGGCUAGCAAAACUGGCUGGCUGCCCACCCUUCAGUUCAUCCGCCAUGGCUCCAGAGCUGUCACCCGCCACUGGAGAGCUAUGAACUUUAUGCGGCAGAAGUUGAUGGCAGUGACAGAAUACAUCCCACCAAAACCUGCAAUCCCGGAGGAGUGUAUCAAACCCCGUGUCACAGCUGUUCAGGAGGAAAAUGGCUAUACAAGGCUAUUGCUUCGGGAAGUGAAGCAAGCAUUCCUCGAGAGUAAAAUGAUCGCUGUGUGCCAGUACAACUAUGUUCAUGGAAAUGAGAUAAUACUCAUGAGGCAUCGGCUGCGAAAGUACAACAUCCAUGUCAAAUUCUUCCCCAACGAGAUCAUGAGGCCUUUCCUUUUGGAAUCCAAAUACAAGAAUCUCCUCCCUCUUUUUGUGGGACGCAACCUUCUCAUGGUGAGUCCGGAGACGAGGGCACAGGAAAUGUUGCGAGUCCUGAAGAAAAUUCCACAGAUUAACCUCCUAGGAGCAUGCGUUGACGAUGUCAUCCUAAGCAAACAAGGUUUCACAAACUUUGCCAGCCUGCCACCCAUGGUGGCUGCUCAAAGAGAAGUGGUGGGUGCUCUUUCUCUCAUGACAUCCCAUACCAGCACACUUCUGCAGCGUGGACCUAUUCACUUGACUUCCUUGUUGGACCAGUAUGUUAAGCAGCAGAGCUGUGAAACAGUUGAAGCAAAGGCGGAGGGGAGUCCUGACAAGUCGGAAGGCCUAUGAUCAUGAACUCUCUCCAAUGUGAUCUUCGUUGCCUCAGACACAACUUGCCAUCUGUUUCUUACAUGUCCAUGACUUGGGGUGGAUGGAAUGUAGUUGAUAGGACUGGUUUUGUAUAUCAGUUCUAUUAAGGGGACAAAAUGAAGACCAGAUUAUGAAUGAGCGAUGCUGAUUUACAGAUUUAUGUCUGGAGAUCAGGGCAGCACUGGAUUCACAUCCACACUGACUUAGUGUGCAAUCCUGUGCAUGGCUUGCUUGGACUUUUUUCUGUCUGAACAUGUAUAGGAUUGCACCUUUCUAUAAUAAGUCAGCAAGUGUGGAAGUAACACAGGAAAUCAAGUAACCAAAUGGAAGUCUACUACAAAUCGUAAUAAACUUGACAGAUUGGUAAACAGGGAAAUCACGUGUUAAAUGCAGCAUAAUGUUCAUCUCUAUAGGGGCUUCUACACUUUAGGACCUAAAGAAUUAUAGCAUGUGCAUGCAGUGUAGCAUUAUUAAACAUUUUUUAAGGAUUCUGUUGUAUGUAAUACUGUGUUCAACCAAAACACAUGAAGGCUGCAGUUGAUAACCAAUUAUAAGGAAUGCCAACAGGCACACAACUGCA